GACCACGCCGGGGUUUGGGAUUUGAGAAGUCAAUCAGAGAAGUGAAAAAUUAUUCCUGAGUUGUUAAUUUUCUCGAAAUCUAAAGAUACAACCUAGAUUCAAGCAAAUGUCUUAAGUAGUUGAAGAUGUUAUAACUCCAACCUCGUGAAAGUGACAAACUGACACGUUUUCAUUUUCGUAAAAAACUACUUUAUAUCGAAGGAACGCCUUUGAUUUGACUGGCCGCACAUGCGCAGUUAGGCGCCAGACGACCGUUAGACCCGAUAACGUAUUUCUACGCAUGCGCUUUACUAGCCAACGUCGUCAUGACAUUGCCUACAAGUGUGAUCGGGGAUUUCUAUUGGAGAAGCAGUUUUAGAUUGUCUUCAUACUAUACUGUCUUUGCUGUAAACCAGGGACAACAGUCGCGCAAAUCAUUGCGAGAUGGCUCAGCAAUUGUUAUUAAAAAUAAUUUGCGAUCAUCAGGGAACAUUGGACUAUGCAGAUCUGGCAGAUAUUGGUUGUGGGGCAGAUAUGAUCUGCGCUCUUGAUAAACUUGUUGAAAACGAUGUAUUUUCUAUAGCGGAGUGCAAUGGAAACAAACGCAUUUUUGCGAAAACGAAAGUUAGACGCUGCAAAGCUCAGCAAUGUGAUGGCUGCAAUGAUUUACACCUGUGUAAAUUUUAUUUGUUUGGGGACUGCAAGAAUAGUAGGGGGAGACGGACAUGCCGCUUUGGCCAUGACCUGCAUUCCGAACAUAACUCCAUAGUUUUGAGAGAGCAUAAACUUGAGACGCUGAGUAGACAGGAACUCCGGCAGCUAUUAUUACAAAAUGACAACUCCCUCCUUCCACCGGUAUGCAACUCUUAUAACAAAGGCACCGGGCCUUAUGGCAAGUGCCCGGAUCAGGAGGGGUGCGGGAGACUUCACGUGUGCGACAGGUACAUCAGAGGAACCUGCUCCUCGGGAGCCGACUGCAACAGGUGUCAUGACUUCUUUGAGCCCCACCCACGGAGGACCCUGCAGCAAAGGGGAGUGCCUAACGAUCUAAUGGCGUCCAUGUUGUCCACCUACCAGAACAUCCAGGCCAUGAAAAGUGAAGGUGCCGGCGGUGCUGGUUCCAUCAACAGGCCCCAGAGCUGUCCUCAGAGAGAUACAGUGAGGAAUGAGAUCUGCCUGUUCUUUGUCAAGGGGGACUGCAAACAAGGAGAGAAAUGCUGGAGAGUCCACUUUAACAUGCCCUACAAGUGGGAAGUGAAGGAUGGACAGACUUGGUCAGCUCUGCCAGAAAAUGAAGCGAUCGAGAGAGACUUCUGUGACCCUUCUAAGAUACACAGUGAUGGAUCUGACCGUGUGCGUUUCGACUCCAUGACCCGUGGAUUCAGUGAAGUUCACCGUCUCUCCACAGUUUCCUCUGUGACCCAGCCCACAUACGUACUCACCACAGAGUGGGCGUGGUUCUGGGAGGACGAGUACAGCCAAUGGGUCCAGUACGCAUCCAUCAAAGAGAUGCACAGAUUGUCAUCCAUCACCAGUGAAGACCUUGAGAAAAGGUACCAGGAGGAUCAAAGUGCUGUGGUGAAGUUCACUGCAGGCCAGCAGUCUUAUGAGCUGAGUUUCAGAGAUUUGACGCAAAAAAACACAACAUAUGGCACUAUAAGGAUGGUGAGACGACGUCCUGUCUUUGUUUCAACUGUGGACGCACAAGCUGCCAGAAGCAGGAGAAAUGGACCACGCAACCCCUCUCAGAAUUUCAGAGCUGUUCCUGGAUUUUGGGACAAAUCUGCCAUACCUGACAUUGGAUACAAGACAGUCACUCUUCUGAGUUCUGACAGGGACUAUCAGAAGGUCCAGGAACUUUUCAACAAGACCAUGAGGGGCUUCCAAAUCACCAGCAUCGAGAGGGUCCAAAACAGGGACCUCUGGGAAGUCUUCCAGUGGUAUGUUUACAUCAACUCUCACUCACAAUCCUAG